CCCCGGCCGUGGCUCCUCCCGAGCGCAUCACGGCGGGCGGAGCCUCCGCGGCCGCUCCGCCGAGCGCAGCCGGGCCGAGCCGAGCCGAGCCGAGCCGGGCCGGGCCGGGCAGCGCAGCACGGUGCCGUGCGGAGGUGCCGGGCUGCCCCCUUAGCCCAGCUCGGGUACCACAAGCGGGGCCGAGCAUCUUCUCCUGCAUCCCUGGGCGCGUGACGUGGCUGCCGUCCAUCCGCGGGGAGAGGCCGUGCACAGGCCUGGGCACCGCUGACCUCCGGGCUCUGAGCCCUUCGGGAUCCGUUCUCCAGGGAAUUCAGCUCAUCUGGGCCUGUCCUGCCCGGCUGCUCCUAUGGAGAUGCUUCAUGGAGCGUCAACAGACAGCACGUGUGGGCCCUCCCCGGCACGGAGCACGCAGCAGUAGCUGGGUGAGCCCUCAGAAGUCCUGCUGUGGUUUGUAAGCAAGGCCAGCUGUGAUUUCAGGGCCCUGCUCCCUCUCCUGAGCGGCGCCAGCAGCUCGUGGGUCCCUGGGAUGCUCCCCCUUGAGCUCCAAGCAGCCUCCAUCACCCUGGCCGCAGCCACUGGGGAUUAUUUGGGAGCUGCUGGGAAGGAGCCGUGCCGGGGCAGAUGAGCGAGCCGGUGAUGAACGGGAGGGUGCCCCUGCCCGAGAAAGCCCUGUCCGAGGGCUACGCCCGCCUGAGGUACAGGGACACGUCCCUGCUCAUCUGGCAGCAGCAGCAGCAGAAACUGGAGUCAGCUCCCCCCAACACCUACCUGAGCCGCAGCAGGAGCAUGUGGUACUCGCAGUACGGCAACGAAGCCAUCCUGGUGCGGGACAAAAACAAGCUGGAUGUCUCCAGGGACACGGGGCAGUCCAAGUUUUGUGCUAUUAUGUAAUUCCCGGCAGGAAUCCGCACGUGGAGAGGAAGCAGAGCUGGGGGAGGUGGGUGUGCACCAGCCUCUCACAGCCCUGCACAGGAAGCAGCGUUGCAGGAAGGCUGAAGUUGGAUUGUUUCUGUUUGGUUUUGCUGUUUAUAGACUCCCGUUCUGCAUGUCACUGAGUGUGUGCAGCCUGGCUGGGGAGCUCUCAAGCCUGUUGCUGCCCAGCAUCUUGGCAGGGGCCGUGCUGGACCAUGUGUUGCUUUUAAGUGUCUCGUGUGCCCUGAGAAACACCCGCUGGCACUUGGGCACCGUCCCCAGCCACCCUUACUGGCCAGCCCUGGGGCAUUUCCAGAGCUCUGGGAAUGCUGGUGGGACAGAGGCGAGCACAGAUGUGCUCCCAUCAGGGCUGUGGUUUUAAGAAGUUGAUCUCCAAAACCAUCUGGCCAUUACUUGUUCUGUUUGCCCUGUCUGUAUUUAAUUCCUGCCCUGAAGUGGUCUCUUCCAGCCAGGGAAUGGAGUGGUUCACUGUGGGAACGGGGAGAGAAUGUGUUGAGAAUUUAAUCCAAGCCUUCAAAACACCUGGUAGGAAAGGGGUGCGGGAGUUUUGUGCAAAGCCAAGGGCUCUCUCUGAUCCCACAGUGUGGGAUCAUGGAAACAACAGGAGCUCUGCAGUCAGGGGAGCUCACUCCUUUCGGGCUGAUCCCCCAGUGAACCACCUGAAAGGGAGGGACAGGCCCAGGAAAGCAACAGCAAGAAACCCCUGUAAAUGCACACAUGUCCUAAGGGACACGAGGAAACUCCUGCAGAGCACAGAGCCACUCCUGAGAUGGCUACAGAAGGAGAGAGGCCACUGGAGUUUGCUUUGCAUUCAAGUUUUAAUGCAUGCAGUAGCUUGGAAGGCUUUAACUUCUAGUUCAGGUUGGAUUGUAGGUUUGGUGCAUGUAUUUUAAAAGUUGUGUCUAGGAUUAUGAUUAACUGGAGGAUUUUAGGAGGGAGAAGCAAUGCCCUGCUUGGGCACAGAGGCUGCUGCUUUCAGGUUUAAGUUUCUGCUGAAUCCUGACUUGCUCAAGGCAAGAUCACACUGAGAAACUCAGCCCAGCAAGCACCUGAAUCUUUGUUCAAAGCAGAACUACCACUUCCAGGGGUGUGAAUUACGUACCCAGGGUUCAGCAUGAAAAUUCUUCAGGGUUCUGCCCUUUCUGUCCUGCCUAGGCCAUGUGUACAACCCAGCAGUGCCUGGGCACAGGCUUAGCUCCAGGCAAAUCAGCAUUUGAUGUCAGCUUCAGGAUGGAUUAUUUACCUGCCUAUUAUUAGGCACAGUCAUUACUUCUGUUCUAUUUAUCUAAAACCUCCUUUGCAUUUUUUUCAAGCACUUUAUUUUAUUUAUUUUUUUUAAUACAAUGAAGAAUCUCUUCCACCUCUCCCGUGUGGGUGAAACGCUACAACAAACCCACAGACACUCGACCUUGCUGAACUCGAUGUUCUGAGCAGAACACACCUGUUCUGGAGUGAAAUCAUAGAGGUUUGGUGUACUCAGCCCUGCUCCAUAGCACUGCAAACAACAGGCAGCUCGUUGUUUUUCUAAAAGCACUAUUUCUGCAUGUGUUGGUGUUUGAUACCUUGUGUGUGUGCGCUCAUAGAUUUGCACCUCGCUGCUUUGCAGACCUGUGCGUUGCUCUGCACACAAAUAACCCUCUUGCUUUUGUCAGGACUAGCUCUGGAGGAGAAACCAUUCAGUGAAUAAAUGUUUUUCAAGCAGUGCAAGCGUUCAAUGAGAUUCACAAAGCCAGCGAGGCUCGGCAAGGCGCCGGGGGAGCAGUGCCAGGGAUGUGUGACCCACCUGGGCCCCCAGCUCUUGCCUGAGUGAGUGAACAGGAGAUUCUUCACUCAAACAAGGGGCUGGGCCCAGAGCUCCCCUGGGAUCUGCAGGUGGAUUCACCUGGAGAAGCAGGAGAGGUGGGUUCCAGGCCAGCCCUGGGGAGCACGUGAACUCUGGGAGUUUAAGGAACAGCACAUCCCCCAAAGCAGCUGUUCGUUUUCUUUUCUUAUAGAAAAAGAAAUCCAACACUUAUUUUCUUUUUAAUUUCAGUAAGGAAGAUGCUUAUUUUGGGUAUAAUCAGUCUCUUUUUGUUAACGUGGCUGGUAAACCAAGAUUCAGUUAUUUUGCAGAGUGUUAAUUGGACUAUACAAGACUAAACCCGUAAGAAUGUGCAUAAAUUCUUCCAGGAUGGAUGCUGGAUGUGACAGUGCAGGAAGAAGAGGAUGAGUUGUCCUUCCAUCUCUGUGAAUGUGACUGUAGUUUUCCAUUUCUGUGUGCCACUGGUCACAGGGUUGCUGUGGCUGUUCUGUGAGCCAGUUGUGUGGUGGUGAUGCACUUGUUUCAAACACUGUCGUAGCCUCUUUGAUAAAGUGCAUUAAAAUGAUUUGAAUGCAGCUUGGUGAGUGGCUGUUUUUCCCCUGCUCUGGCACAGGUGACAGCUUUUGGCACUCCCCUUUUGGGAGGGAGGAAUCCCCUCAGUUACUGUGGGGCUCCAAACCCACCCCACUGGACUGGGAGCUGCAGGGGAGGCUCCUCCAGCUCCCCAAAGCCAGCAGCACCUUCAGGAUAAGGAAAGCUAUGGCUGUCACACUGAAUGAGGGAAUUAUUAUGGGAAAGACCUCAGAGACUGUCACACCCAGCCUGUGCCUGAUCCCCACUUUGUCACCAGCCCAGAGUGCCACAUCUGGGCCUUCCUUGGGCACCUCCAGGGAUGGGGACUCCAAACCUCCCUGGGCAGCCCCUGGGAACCCUUUCCUCGGAGGAAUUGCUCCUGCUGUCCAACCUGAACCUCCCCUGAUGCACCUUGAGGCUGUUUCCUCUUGUCCUGGGAGACCAAAGCCCACCUCACAACCCUGGUUUAGGCUGCUGUGGAGAGCAAGGUCUUCCCUGAGCCUCCUUUUCCUCCAGGCUGAGCCCUCUUGGCUGCUCUUCACAGGACAGACUUUCCAGAGCCUUCCCCAGCUCUGUUCCCUUCUCUGGACUCAUUCCAGCCCCUCAAUGUCCCUCUGGCAGCCCCGGGAUUCAUGGAAUGAGCAGUGAGUUGAACUUCAGUCGUGUCCUGUGUGUCCUCAACCUCCUCCCAGGCUGAAGAACAGCUCUGCUCUCUGCCCCCAGAAAUAACUCACCUGCAAAUCCACAGAAACGUCCUCACCUGCCUCACAGGACACUCUUUAGGGGACAGCUUGGACAAAGAGCCCACGGGAGUGGCACUGGGACCAGAGCAGAGAGGAGCAGCUUUGCUGAAGCCUUGGAGGGGCAGUGAGCAGGAACAGGGUUAGACAAAGAUUAACCCUGGGGCAGCCUGUGCUAACCCACCUCACACACAGAGCAAACAGCAAAACCAACCCCAAUCCUCUCUGGUGACCAGAAUAGAUCCUGGCCCCCACACAGCAAUGCCAGGACUCUGCUGGCACUGGCAGCAGCUGCUCCAGGCUGUGCCUUCCAGGUCACCCUGAGCUCACAGCAGGUGACAAAGUCCCUCUGCUUCCUGCAGGUCCUGCUGUCUUCCAGGAAGCCAGCAGCAAACCCGGGUGAAAUCUCGUUUCUUUUCAGCCCAACUUAUCUCCAUCAGGAGCAAUUCUCACAGAGUUUAAGACCCUGCAGACUGCAGGAUGCUGGGAAGAGUUCAAGCUCUUCCUUGGCUGCACUGGGACAUGGAAACAGCUGUUUCCCUCACCAAAAAAAGGGAUUUAAAGCAGUUUUAUUCCAGGUACUCAGCCGUGAUUCAGACACCCCAGAGCUGCCCCACUCCGAGGGCAGUCAGCCCUUUGAGUGUGACAUUCCCUAAAAUAACUUCCAGAUUAUUCCAGGACUCGUGGCAGCAGGAUUCAAACCCCUGAUGUUUGGCUCCUGGCACUGCCCAGUCCACGUUUGAGUGCCACACCUGGAAAAGAUGAGGAGAGGGGAAAAUAUGGGAUCAAACUGCACACACCAAACAAUUUUUCUUUUUAUUAUGAAAACAAAACGAAUGCCCCAGGACCAGGGUCCGUGAUUACCAGUAACAUCAAAGAUUACUUUCUAACUCUUUUUUAAUUCUGUUUUGUUUGAGGCCAGCAAUUUGCAAUAAACAAGCUAAACUACUUACAUUGACUCAUUUCUUUUCAAUAACUGACAUUUACAGGAAUAUACUAGAAAUGGCACUAAAAAGUUUUAAGAAAAAGUUACGGUAAAUUUGCAUGCACAUCAUACAGAAAAGUAACAAUUUCUUUUUCUUCUUUUAAAUAUUAAAAAAACCCCAAAAUAACAAAACAAAAAAUACAACAACAAAUCUUUCUGGAUUGGUUAUGCCAGUAUCAGGGCUGUGUUCUAAGUGGCCUGUGUCAAAUCCUAGCUGGUGGUUUAAUUUCUUUUUUAAAAAUGACAUUUUAAAAAGAUAUGCAAAUACCAUUUUCUUUACAAAAUGCAGCUCAAGCAAGAUAACGCUGCUGUGUAAGGAAUCCUAAAUUUCUCUUUACUGAUGCAGAGCCUGCCCACAGUUAGCCCUAGUGGUAACUCUCAGGGUUGAGAAGAGACUGAGAAUUUAAAUCCAGUACUGAAAAGGUUGUGGUUUGUCUUUGUCAUGCCCCAAUCCUUUCCCCUCAGCUCCAA